AUGGCUCCCUCUGCCGUCGAAACCCAGGAUGUCAACCUGACUGCCGCCGCCAUCCACAAGAAGGAUGUCGCCCAGCCUACAGUCAACGGCGCUCCCACCGCCCAAGCACCCCUCGAUGCCUCCAAGCUCACCUACACCUACACCCAGAACCCUCGCUCUGUUCCCGACGAGGCCACUGCCCACUCCGGCGAUGAGACCAUUGCUACAGACCACAUGGUCCUCGCCUCAUGGAAGCAAUCCACCGGUUGGGCCGCCCCCGAGCUCAAGCCCUACGGACCCCUAAGCCUGAUGCCAACUGCUUCCGUGCUGCACUACGCUACCGAGUGCUUCGAGGGUCUCAAGGCCUACCGUGGAUACGACGGCAAGCUGCGCAUCUUCCGCCCUGACCGCAAUGCCGCCCGUCUUCGCAUGUCCUCCAGCCGUAUCUCCCUCCCCGUUUUUGAGCCCGCCGAGAUCGAGAAGCUCAUGAUCGCCCUUCUCUCCGUCGACGGUUCCAAGUGGAUCCCUGAGGACCGCGCCGGCAGCUUCCUCUACAUCCGACCUACCGUCAUCGGAACCGCUCCUCAACUCGGUGUUUCCGCCCCCAAGCAGGCUCUUCUCUACAUCAUCGUGACCUUCAUGCCCCGCAUGGAUGCUCCCCCCGGCGGUAUGCGUCUCCACACUUCUCCCGACGAUAUGGUCCGCGCUUGGGUUGGCGGUUUCGGCUAUGCCAAGGUCGGUGCCAACUACGGUCCUUCACUGCUUGCCACUGCCGAUGCGCGAACUCGUGGUUACCACCAGAUCCUUUGGCUGUACGGCUCCCAAGGAGAGUGUACCGAGGCCGGUGCUAGCAACUUCUUCGUCAUCUGGAAGCGAAAGGAUGGCAAGAAGGAGAUCAUCACUGCUCCUCUUGACGACAAGCUGAUCCUUGAUGGUGUCACCCGCCGAAGCUGUCUCGAGAUGGCUCGUGAGCGUCUUGGAGACGAGUAUGAGAUUACUGAGCGAAAGUACACAAUUUCUGAGGUCGCCGAGGCUGAUGCCGAGGGCCGCCUGCUCGAGUCUUUCGCUGCCGGUACUGCUUACUUCAUCUGCCCCGUCUCUCAAAUUCACCACCGUGGAAAGGACAUCAACAUCCCCAUGGGUGCUGAGGGUGAGGCUGGUGAGGUCACCAGCAAGAUCAAGGGCUGGCUAGGCGACAUCAUGUACGGUCGCACUGAUCACCCCUGGGGCGUCGUCAUUCCCGAGAAGAAGCAGUAA